AAGCAGGAAGCGCGAGAAAGAAAGAAGAUCAAUGUCGACGAUAACAGAGACCGGCGGCGAGUCGUCGGCGAGAAAGAUGAGACGUAGAAUAAAUCCAACGUCGAUCGAAUUUCUAGACGCCGACAUACUAUGCAUCAUCUUCUCUUUCCUUGACUUGUUUGAUCUCGUUCACUGUACCGUCGUCUGCAAUUCCUGGUAUGCUGUAAUCAAGAGGCUGAAGCUGCUGCAAGCUUCAUGCCGGAAGAUGCACCAGCUCGGUUCUGACUUCCCCAGCAGUUCCACUUCAGCAGCUGAGAUAGACGUGGAGGAUUUCGCGAUGAAACAUCAUAAGAUGGCUUUAUUAAGGGGUCGAAUCGGAAUUGAGCGAUGGGAAGCUCAUUCACACCGGGUUUCUCAGUGUCGAAUGAAGAAGGGUUUGCUUCUUACUGGUGUUGGUGAUAAGGUUAUGCGACUCUGGUCAUUAAAAAGCUACAAAUGCAUGGAAGAAUACUCCCUUCCUGAUGCUGCUUCCUUGAUCGACUUUGAUUUUGAUGAGAGUAAGAUUGUUGGCUUAGUUGGUACCCGCAUUAGCAUAUGGAGAAGAAGCGGGCAAAGAAGCAUUUUUCCAUCACGUGAAGGAACAAUUCCUAAAGGCCUUUGUAUGCGUUACAUUGACCCAGAAGCUGUAGUUGGAUGUGAGGAUGGAACAGCUCGUGUAUUUGAUAUGUAUAGUAAGACAUGUUCGCAGAUCAUUAGGACUCACGGUGGGCCAAUAACGUGUUUGUCUUUGAGUGAGAACCAAAGAUUUCUUAGUGGGUCUUCACUCGGGAGAGUAACAGUAUCUGACCCUUUAAUGGAUCAACCAGUGGCUACCCUUAAAUCCACGAUAACUGCAGGAGGUAUACAGACCAUCUGUUUUAACCAAGGCACUAAUCUGGCCUUCACUGGAACAACUGGUGGAUAUGUUUCAUGCUGGGACCUCAGGAAAAUGGGACGGUUGUGGGAAAAACGAGUGAGUCCUAAUGUGGUGUACUCGAUACAACAGCUGCAAAAUGAUUCAUCGGUUAUGGUUGCUGGUGGAAUAGAUGGUGUGCUGCGAGUGAUAGAUCAGAAGAGUGGAAGAGUUCUAUCUGGAUAUAUAAUGGACGAUAAGGCCUCAACAACAUCGAGAAGGGACAACCAACCUGUGAUUGAGAAAAGGAGAGGAAAAAGAGUUUUUCAAGAUAUCGAAAUCGAUAAAAUCGAAAGAAAAGUCCGGCCUCAAAUCAGUUGCUUAGCAGUGGGGAUGAAGAAGAUAGUAACAGCUCACAGUGGCAAAAUUAUAAGUGUAUGGAAAUUCAAUAUCUAGAUGAAAUCAUAAGAAUUGCUUGUAUGAAACAAAAUUGGUGAUAACAAUAGCAUUAUAAUUGAUUGAA